AGUUUAAAUAUCAAAGAAGCGAAGUACUCCCUUGAAAGUGAUAACUUGGAAAACCUGGAAAUUUAUGAAUGCUGAACUCUUGCAGAAGAUGCCAGUUGAAAGAAUGCGGAUGCGACCAUGGUUGGAAGAACAAAUCGAUUCAAAUAAAAUUCCAGGGCUCAAAUGGUUAAAUAAAGAAAAGAAGAUAUUUCAAAUUCCAUGGAUGCAUGCGGCACGCCAUGGCUGGGAUGUAGAAAAAGAUGCCCCUUUGUUUAAAAACUGGGCAGUUCAUACAGGGAAAUAUCUGCCAGGUAUAAGUAAGCCUGACCCAAAGACAUGGAAAGCCAAUUUCCGUUGUGCUAUGAACUCCCUUCCAGACAUUGAAGAAGUGAAGGAUAAAAGUAUAAAGAAGGGGAAUAAUGCGUUCAGAGUGUACCGAAUGCUACCGCCAUCUGAAAGACCAGCAAAGAAAGGUUGAAGACUUUUCACCUUCAGAAUUCACUAAUGGAGUAGAUUGUACAUCUUCUAAUUAUGUUAUGCCAUCCAUUUCAUCCAUAACAGUGAAAGAAGAGUUUCAGGUUGACAGCACUGUUCACUCUGUUAUGGAGGACUCUUCAUGUGUGAACCACUCCGGAGAACAGAUGAUAAUCAUUAACACCCUAGAUGUAUGUCAGGUGGUUGAAGUGACGACAGAAAGUGACGACCAGCCUGUCAGCACUAGUCAGCUAUAUCCACUGCAGAUUUCACCUGUCUCAUCAUAUGAAGCAGUCGCAUCCAAGUCACCUACAAUGGCAGCAUAGCAACAUCGAAGGCAAGCAGUACUUGAGUAAUACAGGGGGACGAAGUACUUAUCUACUUCCAAGUAUGGCUACGUUUGUGACAUCCAACAAGCCAGAUCUCAAAGUUACAAUCAAAGAAGAACCAGAAGAUGAAUCCUUAUUGACAUAUGAAAGCACUACUGCAAACAUGUGGACUAAUCUCACUGAGGGUUUAAGUUUCCCGCCAUUAACAUCCUCAGGUUUGAGCAGUAGUCGGCCUUCUAGUGAGACUCGUGCCAGUGUUAUUAAGAAAACCUCAGACAUUGCUCAGUCAACAGUCAAGACAUGCUAAAUCGGUUUAUUACACUGGGAGAGGUUUCUUUUUUGAAGUCUAGUUUUUCAUGGAUUAACAAAAUAUGGGGACCGCCUUGACAGAUAACACAUUUGGAAUGGUAGUCUUCAGUUCUGGAACAGUAACUCAGGUCACCACUUAAACUUAAUGUAAAGUCUGCUUGAUGUUUUAUAUCCCCAAGGAAUGCAUUUGGAAAAAUCCAGAACAACAUUUUGAUCAACCCGUCGUGUUCUGGAAUCUGUUAAGUGGACCAGGAGUGGUUUUAGAUGCAUAAUCUUAUUUCUUCUUGAAUAUUUAAGUUGAAAGCUCAAAACAAAAUAUAAAAUGUGAACAAUGUGCAUAAAUACUAGGGAAAAUUUUAUUGUGAAUAUGUAUAUAGUGCAAUAAUAGCAAAUGUCUCAGCCUGCUUCUGCACCUUAUGGAAAGCACUUAGAAACUUUCUGAAAAGUAAUGGCACAGUCUUGGGCCGUUGAAGGUAAUAUUUUGCUUUACUGUCUUCUGAAGCAAAUGUAAAAGUAAAAACCUGAUCUUUGUAAUGGCUGCUUUCUGUUCUUUUUCUUUUUUGACUGCUGAGGUGCAGUAGGAAUAAUAUGAAGAGAAUUUAUGCAAAAGCCCAGUUAAAAAAAUCUUUCCCAAAGCAAGCUUUUUUAUUUUUUUAUAAAUGGGGAUAUUUUAUUCAGGGCAAAUUCUAUGUGAAUAUAAUUUUUUUAUCUUUUCUACAACAAAUAUAUAAUUUUAAGAUUCUGUUUCUCCUUUACUGACAUUUAAUACACACUUGUGGCACAUUUUUCAAGAUUUUUAACAGUGUAUAGCUAUUAUUAGCUGGUAUGUAGCAAAAAGAUUAUCCUGUGGAUUGACAAUAAAUAUGCUAUAUAAUUACAUUUUUAA